GCGAGGAGCGCGUCCACCUGCUGCUACCGGGAAGGCAGUCCGGGCUCGCGAGAGAGAGCGAGCGGCGGAAAACAUGCGAAGACCGAUGCACUGAGAAAGAAGAAACGCACAACGUUCUGUUUGGAAGACGAUCAAACGAGCUCCUGCCCGCGAGAAGACGUGCGGCCCGGGUGUAGCGGGAGGUUGGACAGUAAUAAUGAUGUUUGUGAGAAGCAGGCUUCUUCCAGACUGAUGGAUGCUAUACAGGAGGAGCCCCCCCCGCCCAGGGAGCACUGUCCCAGUCCCCACGAUUUGCAGGAUCAUUUUUCUGAUGAGUCACAUAUUCUGAGGGACUGUGACUCCGCAGAGGCUGGUCUCCUAGCCACGCCCACCCUGGGUCCUCUGAGUCGUACAGCUGAAGUUACGCUCAGUGUAACAGACCUCCAUGAUGAGUCUGUCUCCAAUGCUGCCUCUCUGUCCUCUCUGUCAUCCCUCUCUUCUCUCUCAUCCCUCUCUUCUCUCUCAUCCCUCUCUUCUCUCUCAUCCCUGUCUUCUGUCUCUUGCUCCAAGCCUGUGACCCCCUGGUCUGUGCCCCAAAGCUGCGACAGGACAACCCUUUCCAGCAUGGAUUCUGGGGGCGGAGACUGUCUGAGUUGUCUGAUCCCUAAGAGCCAAUCGUGCGACUCUGUGCUCGGCCUAACAUCCGAGUUUCAGCCGUGUCCUGCCUCCAACAUUAGCAUGCAGUGCCUUGGCUCCGCCCCCAGUGCCGGACGCUAUGGUGACCAAGUGCUGUCUGACCAGUUGCUCAGUGGCCCUGCCCAUACAGCUGGAGUUAAUGAAAAUGCAGAGGAAGGGAAAUCGAUGCGAGAGAGUGAAUCGGAUGACGAUCCCGCCUCCCGGAGUAUAUAUGAGAGUCUGGGGGAAGAGGCGCAGGACUGGAGCUGCUUGGAGUCCCUGAUUAGCGAGAGUAGGAUGGAACUGUUGGACUUGUGUUCACGUAGUGAGCUGGCCGUCAACCUCUUCUGUGAGGAGGACGUGGAAAACUACAUGUUCCAGGAGGAAGAGUCAACACUGGGCACUGACGUCUGCUCGCUCAAAAUCCGCUACGAGUCCUACCCAGAUGGAGGGCAGGGACGCACAGAGCCCUCGCUGCAAGACGAGUCACAACUGGGUUUCUUUCCCACACUGCCUUGCAGCAGAACGGACGGACUGAGGGACCAAACGGACCAGUCCGGCGAGUACAAGGCAGAUGCCCCGACAACUCCAAACAGCAACUUUCUCUUCGAUCUCAGUAACUCACCGGAUGAUUCCGGCGAGUUCAGUGAUGACAGCUACUGCACCGGCUCGUCCCCAGACGCCUGGCAGGCCCACCGAGCCCACGGCCAACUGUCCAGCUCCUCCAGUCAGCUUAGCUAUCGCCUCCGUGCCAAAAGGAAGGUGGCAUACCGAGAGGACUACCUAUAUGACGUGGACUCCAUAGACAGUGAGAAGAACCCAGAAAAGCGGGACAAGCAGCCCGUGGGACCCAAGAAGGAGAGAGAUGACGACUGGUGUCCAAAGAAACGACGGCGGUCUUGCCGCAAGGAACCACCAAUUAUCAUAAAAUACAUCAUAAUCAACCGCUUCAAAGGUGAAAAGCACAUGCAGGUGAGGCUGAGCAGAGUUGACCCCUCAGCUCCCAGGGUGCAUCUGAGUCCAGACAAACUGCUACACUACGAAAGACUGGCGCCCCUGAAGGCCUACUGGCAGAGAAAAGAGCAGGAGCAGAGCAGACUAGCGGCCGCAGACAAAACCAGAUGCCUGAACGGCUGUAAACGACUGCCCAACGCCAGCGCCAAGCGCAAACAAAGGAGCACCAGCCGACUCAGGAUUCAACGGAUCCAUACAGUGGAGACCCCAGCCUCUGGCCUGACCCCUGCUACUUCCUCCCACCACUCACAACACACUCUCGAAUCAGUCAAAAGCACAGAUGAACCAAAAGAGAGUGCUACACAGGAUGUCCUGGACAGUGUGGGGUCCCCAAACACAAGCCCCCCGGCCAGGGCAAAGAGCAGGACAGAAGAGAGAGAGGAGAAGAGCAAAGGAGGUAAAAUAGUAAAGAUGAAGAAGUUCAAAAGUGAAGCCACACUGAGGUCUAAAAAGCUAAAGGAAGCACAGAAGGAAGAAGGUGCCACUGCCUCUGAGCUUACAGAGUUGCCUGCUUGUUUACCUGAAAGCAUUCCUGAUUCUUUGGAAGGUAAUCUUGUCUCAGCCAAUACGUCGACCGAAAAAAGCACUUUGACCCCCACCGUCCCCGGGACUAAUGGGACUGUGGUCCUCCUACCUGGUGGAUAUCUCCAGACUCUUCUGGAUGCUUCUGAAUCUUCUGCAAGUGCUAAUGUCACAUAUUUCUCUACAGACCAGCAGCAGGCUGAGCUGGUACCAGUUCCAGCCCCCAUGCAGCCCCUCCAGAGUUGUGUGCUCUCCCCUCCUUCAGAGUCCGAGCUCCCCCACUCCCCUCUCACUCACAUCUCCCACCCCACCGAGUACCCUGAGACCAGCCAACCUGAGCAGAGCUACCCUGUCUCCUGGCCAUCACAGCCAAUAGCUGAGCAGCUCUCAUUCACUCCUGACCUCCCAGCUCAGUCCCCGGUCCUGCCAGUGGGCUUCCCCAGGCCGGUGUUACCGGGGGACGGCUCGGCCGUACCAGGGUAUGGGCAGGUGCCGCUGGGCGUCUGUCGGAUGGCGUUUGAAGAGCCUCUCUUGCCGGAGCCCCACUCGGACACCGAUUACGGGCUGAGUCCCGCAGGGUCCCGCGGGGAGAACGGUGUAGGUCGGCUCGUCAGCUUCAACUCGCUGGGGUCCCUCUCCGCAAGCUCUAGCAACUACAGCUCACUCAGCCUGAGAGACGGAGAGCGGGAGAGGGAAGAGGAGAUCGGCGAGAUGAACGAUGGCUUCCUGUCCCACUGCAGCCCAAGGCUGGUUCUGCAGCAGAGUCUGGAGGAAGUCACUCCACUUAGAGAGUCCACAGACCUGCUGGACAUCUCAAACUUCACCCCAGACAAGUUUCGCCAUUCCUCGUUGUCUGAGAUGUCCCCACCAGAUACUCCCAGCCCCUCCCCACAGCUGCUGGGGAACUGCGGAAAAAGGGGGAGGUUUACAGAGGCGGGAGGGUCAUGCGUGAGGUGGAACUGCAGCACUGUCCCAGGAGCUGAGCCAGACGUAGCACAAAACACACUCCUUUUACAAACCUUCAAUGACAAGGAUGGAGAGGAAGAGCCGCAGGGCCACAGGGAGUCGAAGAAGAAGAGUGGAAAGAAUGGGCAGAGCACCAAAAAGAGCAAAACCCCCAGAGCAGCUAAAGGGGCGAAGCUCCCACGACAGGGUUCACGCUCCGCUCGGAAGAUCAAAGCCCUACUGGAGGGAAAGGCAACCAAAGGGGAGAGGAGAUUAGAAAGUGGUGCUCCCUCUCCGACCCCUUCGCUAGGUGUGAUGGGAGCUCAGGGGGAGUGGCCAAUCGCCGUGGGCCUCUCGGACGACGACCAGGGAGAGUUCCAAGAGCCGUCAAACAUCCUGUCCAACAUCGUGUCCGGCAUGGCAGAGGUGCAGCGCUUCAUGCGGGCAUCUGUGGAGCCGCUCUGGGGGCCGUGCCUGGCACCGGGGCAGCACGCACUCCAAAGCCAGACGCUGAAGAUCCUGGGGGGCAGCGUGGACCUCAAGAAGCGGGGCGGCCCUGCUGGGAGCACCAGAGGGAGGAAGAGCGCGGGCCGUGGCGCUAAGACCCCCUCCAAGCUCCUCGCUCCCGGCUUCUUCCCGCCGCUUGGCUUGGACUGCCUGCCUCUCACUCACCGGCCUGCACACAAGAAGAUGUAUCGACACAAGAGCACCACCAAAUUUGCUCGCGAUGAACUUUUAUCUGCUAAAAGGGACAUUAAAGGAGUAGCGCUGACUGCUUUGGUAGAGAAACGGAGGACUGAAUGACACACUGUCUGUCUUGAGGUGAGUAGUGUCCUGAGAGAGGCGCCCCCUACUGUUCCACAGUACCUUAGC